CGGUCAUUUAGAUGUUGAUAUGUAAAGCAAAAUGGCAAAAAUCAACACCCAGCACUCCUACCCUGGUAUGCACAGACUGUCUGUCAGAACUACUGAUGAAGAUAUUGAAAGGAUUGAAAAUGGCUAUAUCAGAACCCAUUCACUGUGUGACGAUGCGUCUUCAGAACUGCAGAGAGUCAUUUCUGUGGAGGGAAGGCAUGUAUCUGAAUCCCAGACAAGCUCUUUCACAGGCAGGGGAGCAAUGGCAAGGCUAUCACGAUUUGUCAUGUCUGUGAGGUCAUGGGCCACGAGACAUUUGCACCGUGAAGACCAAAGACCUGAUUCUUUCCUAGAACGUAUCCAAGGGCCAGAGCUGGUAGAGGUGUCCACCAGACAGAGUAACAUCCGCUCCCUUCUGGGCAUCCGGGAGCGACCUGGGGGUGCACACAGUCACUGGCCCCUGGCCAGGUUGAAUGUCAACUAUAGCAACAACACCAACGAAGACAAAAAGGAAGAAAAGAAAGAGGUUAAAGAGGAAAAGAAAGAGGAAAAGAAAGAGGAGAAGAAGGAGGAAAAGAAGGAGGAAAAGAAAGAGGAAAAGAAAGAUGACAAAAAAGAUGACAAAAAAGAUGAUAAAAAAAAAGAAGAGAAGAAAAAAGAGAUCUAUGUGAUAGAUCCUUCAAGCAAUAUGUACUACAACUGGCUGACCAUAAUUGCAGCACCCGUGUUCUAUAACUGGUGUAUGCUAGUGUGCAGAGCCUGCUUUGAUGAGCUCCAAGAAGACCAUAUCAAAGUAUGGCUGUUCUUGGACUAUGCCUCUGAUGUCAUUUAUAUUUUUGACAUGUUUGUCAGAUUCAGGACAGGCUUCCUUGAGCAAGGCUUGCUAGUUAAGGAUGAAAAGAAAUUACGAGAUCAUUACACCCAAACUGCCCAGUUCAAGCUGGAUGUGCUGUCCCUUGUGCCAACAGACCUGGCAUAUCUGAAGGUUGGUUUGAACUACCCCGAGCUGCGAUUUAACCGCCUGCUGAGGAUCUCUCGUCUCUUUGAGUUUUUUGACCGUACCGAAACCAGGACAAAUUAUCCAAACAUGUUCCGUAUUGGAAAUCUUGUCUUGUACAUUCUUAUCAUCAUCCACUGGAACGCGUGCAUCUACUUCGCCAUUUCGAAGCUGAUCGGCUUCGGAACCGACACCUGGGUCUACCCCAACGUGUCCGUUCCAGAGUACGGGCGCCUGUCUAGAAAGUACAUCUACAGCCUGUACUGGUCCACGCUCACGCUGACCACCAUCGGAGAGACGCCUCCCCCGGUGAAGGACGAGGAGUAUCUCUUUGUGGUCAUCGACUUCCUGGUGGGCGUGCUGAUCUUCGCCACCAUCGUCGGUAACGUGGGCUCCAUGAUCUCCAACAUGAAUGCGUCCAGGGCAGAAUUCCAGGCCAAGGUGGAUUCCAUUAAACAGUACAUGCACUUCCGGAAAGUGACGAAGGAUUUGGAAGCCAGGGUUAUUAAGUGGUUUGAUUACCUCUGGACCAACAAGAAGACAGUGGAUGAGAAGGAAGUUCUCAAAAAUCUGCCUGACAAGUUGAAGGCCGAAAUUGCCAUCAACGUCCAUUUGGACACACUGAGGAAAGUCCGUAUAUUCCAAGAUUGUGAAGCUGGACUUCUCAUCGAGCUGGUGCUGAAACUGAAGCCUACGGUCUUCAGUCCUGGGGACUAUAUUUGCAAAAAGGGAGAUAUUGGGAGAGAAAUGUACAUUAUUAAAGAGGGGAAAUUGGCUGUGGUGGCAGAUGAUGGCAUAACCCAAUUCGUAGUGCUAAGCGAUGGCAGCUAUUUUGGUGAAAUCAGCAUCCUGAACAUCAAAGGCAGCAAAUCUGGCAACAGGAGGACAGCCAACAUAAGGAGUAUUGGUUAUUCUGAUUUGUUCUGCUUGUCUAAAGAUGAUUUAAUGGAAGCCCUCACAGAAUAUCCGGAAGCCAAAAAGGCUCUAGAAGAGAAAGGGCGACAAAUUCUGAUGAAAGACAAUUUAAUAGAUGAGGAAGCCGCAAAAGCAGGAGCUGACCCAAAAGACUUGGAAGAGAAAAUAGAAAGACUUGAAACAGCUCUGGAUACACUGCAGACUAGGUUUGCGAGGCUCAUGGCGGAAUAUACUGCAUCCCAACAAAAAGUGAAGCAGAGACUUGCCAGAGUGGAAACCCGAGUGAAAAAGUACGGUAGUGGCACCUUAUCAGUCGGAGAAGGAGAGGCUGAAAAACCUGAGGAGAAAAAGCAGUAAUGGAGUAUUUAGAUUUCCUCAUUUAUUGGCCAAGGUUAAAGCAUGUGAAAGCCAUAAAUGUAUGUAAAUAUGUGUGUGCAUACAUAGACCAGACUAUUUUUAUAUGAACUCAAGAGAAUGGUUUUUAGCGUUUUUAACUGAAGCAGUAUUUUCUUGUAAAUAGAACAUUGUUACCUCCUUAGGGGAAGAUUUGGUCUGGCAUUUGGGUCCUUUUUUUGUACUGGGAGUGGGUUUCUUACAAGUCAUGCUCAGAGCGCCUGCCGUGUACGGUACGCGCAGGUCUGCCCACGCACGUGGCAUGAAGAAGGCACUGUACUUAAAGUAGAAGGGAUU